AUGAUCACCAAGUCGAUCCAAGAUCCUAGUCCAGUCGAAGUUCUCGAAACACAAUCAAUUAACUCUGAGAUAUGCAUCAAAACGACGGUCGCUCGAUCGAAAACAUCAUAUGUCGAUCGACGGAAAAUACGAAAAUUUUCGUUUGUGAUACUAUGGACGACUGUGACAGUGUUUAUCGUUUUACUCGCGAUACUUCUAGUGACAAAUGCCAAGCAUAGUGUAACUGAAACGACAACUGUUAUCACGCCGACGGCAGUAUCUACUACGGCACUUUCAUCGUCAGCCAUCUCCGCACCAACGACAACAGGAAUGGCAAGUCAGCUACAGCUUGUCAGUGCAGAUGGAACGAUUCGAGGUGUGUAUAAUACAACUGUUGGCGCUAGUAGUACCGCCUCAACAGCCGGUACUGGCGUCGGUCAAUAUACAGCAAAUGAUCCACCAGCUAAUGCGUGUGAUAAUGACACAUCAACAAAGUAUUUAAAUUUAGGAUCAUGUAAUCAAACCGAUAAUAGUUCUCUCUGCGGUUUGAACACUGGUUUCUAUCUCGAACUGCAACGUGGUUCAUCUUUAGUUACCGGUAUACAAUCAUGCACUGCAAAUGAUUCCUCUGAACGUGAUCCACUUGUUGUAUCCUUAGAAGGUAGUAAUUUAUCCGGAACGAAUCUUACACUCGGUACUAGUUGGUCGCUCAUCUAUAAUGGUACAAGCGGGUUAGAUACGGAUCCUGGUCGAUCCAGUUGUGGUUCUAUCCAGUCAAUAAAUAAUUCAGUUCAAUACAAGAGCUAUCGAUUUCUUGUUUUUGGCAAACGAUCGACGUCGAAUAGUGUUCAAUAUUCCGAAGUUCGAUUGUUUGGAUACUAG